AUGCCCGACAGUUUACUCUAUAUUACCUUCUCAAAUUCUGAUGCUGUUUACAUUCCUGGGUCGAUGGUUGAAGGAAUAGCUCAUCUUGUUCUACAUGAGCCAAUGAAGGCUCGAGCGCUAAAGAUCAUCCUUGAAGGACUUGCGUACACUAGCUGGGAUGUAACACGCACUAGAAGUGUAACCACUACAAGAAGCGAAAACUAUACGGAACAUUACUCUGGUAAGGCGAUCUACGCCAACGAUGAAUUGCUAGCUUGGACCGCACCGCCCGGCGAGAAAGAAGUACUAGCACCCGGUACCUACCAGUUUCCAUUUGCUUUCAAAUUGGCACAUCACCUACCACCAAGUUUUGAAGGCAUUUAUGGAUAUAUUCGAUACAUGGUAAAGAUGGAAAUCGACCGCCCUUGGCGAUUUAACAAAAGAGAUAAGAAAGUCUUUACAGUCGUACCCAUCUUUGACCUCAAUUUGUUGUCUCAUGUGGCACUGCCAGUGAAAGAGACAAAAACCAAGAAUUUGGGUAUCAUUUUGUUCCGGCACGGCAAGGUUACUGUAGAGUGCGAAACGGCCAAAGGUGGUUUUGUACCAGGAGAGAUGGUGCUGGUUAGCGUUCGUGUCAUCAAUGAUAGCUCCAAGGAUAUAGUGAAGGCCGAAAUCAGACUGACAGAGGUUUCGAAUUAUGUCGCACGUUGGGUUGGCUGCAAAAUUCCGCCUUCUUCAUUCAUAGAAACUGCGAGUGGUGACGAGCGUCGUACGCAACGGCGUAAACUGGCAACAGGCGAGCAGGAGGCUAGUAUUGCUCAAAAAAGCAAAGGAGUUAUCCAGCUUUACUUGCAAGUGCCGUCUACAGUACCCUCAUUUAAUAACUGUCCUAUCGUCAAGGUUGAAUACGUCAUCGAAGUGAAGCUCACAAGUACAGGAUCAAUCAAUAGUAAUAUUGAAGCGGAAAUUCCAAUAGUGAUUGGAACUGUUCCCGUAAGAGGUGCAUAUGAGGACCGUGCACCAUCAACAUCAGCUUCUGCUCCUUUCGAAAAAGAGGAGGCAAUGCCUCCACCCUAUCUUAAAGGAGGUCUGUCACCACCCAAUUAUGUAGAGUCAGUUAAAGGUGUAGAAGGCACAGUUAUGGACAGAGCAAACAUGGAGCCUUUCGUCCCCCGAUAUCCAUUUUACCCAAACCUGCCCCGAGCUGACGAUAGUGAUGAUCUACCGAAGAAGGAAUUCCAGCUGUAA